GAAUGGAGCAGAGUACAGUGGCCUGGUCUGUGUUCUGUCCCUUCUGCUGGACCGGAUGGACAAUGACCAUCAUUUGACCGUUCCUCUGGUUGUUGGAGCCAUCAAAGCUAUCAGGCCCCAGGUCAUUCCCACCCUGGAUCAAUACAGAUUGCUCUACAAGGUUCUGCAGCUCUACGGUCGCAGCGUCAAUGAGUAUUCAAACUUCUUAAA